AUGAUCCGUAAUGAAACGCGCCUGGAUUUCAACACAGCGCUCGCAGAUAAACUUGUCAAUGGUGUGCAUGGCUUUGAGGCAAUGGAGUCAAUGACAAGCGAGACAAGAAUUGUACGAGCCGUUACGAAGCAUUCACUUACUCGCCAUUUGGGGACCUUCGUUGAGCCGCUUAAUGAAGAAUCUGACUAUGCACUUCGAGAGGUCUGGACUGAUGAUCCUGAUUUCCACGAUGUCAUGUUGAAAGACUGCGUAUGGAAAAUGUUUGGGCAAAUAAUGUCGAGGACUUUUAUCAAUGACAAAGACUUCUAUCGAAACCCGGAGUGGGUACAUGCGAGCUCGGAGUAUGUCGAACUGUCAGCUUUGGCGGGAUAUGAACUUCGCGCCUUCCCAAAAUGGGCAAAGAAAUUUGCUGCGCCCUUUCUUCCGAGUUGUCGAAAGCUUCAAUCACUUUUUGAUCACAUCAACACUUUGCUAGAGCCCUUGAAGGAGAAGCUACAUGAGCAAAAGUUGGAAGUUGAUCCUAAGAACCCCCUAAGCUUCUUAAAUCAAAAGCUUGAAGGUCAACUAGAUGAGCUUGGAUCUACGUUAAUUGCCCUCUGCCUAGUGUCAUAUGAUGGAGGAGGCGAGUUAUUUACUCAUGUUCUUCACUCAGUUUGGCGGAACGGGCAACUGGUGAAUGACCUCCGUUCUGAGAUUGUGAAUGUUGUUGGGAAUGAAGGUUUCAACAAGAAUACCUUGCAGAAUCUAGUACUCAUGGAUAGUGUCCUGAAGGAGGCUCAGCGUAUGCACCCUGAGUCCGUUCUUCAGUUGCAACGGAUUGCUUUGGAGGAAGUUGUAUUACCUGAUGGACUGAUAAUACCCAAAGGAACCCCACUUUUGGUCUCCGGUUGCCAUAUGAUUGACGCGUCCGUGUGGCCUGAUGGUGACAAGUUCGAUGGCUACCGAUUCUUCAAUCUGCGCCAGAAGGCAGAUUCUUCUACAAGACAGGCAUCAUACAACUUUACAUCAACAUCUAAGGACCAUUUCGGCUUCGGUCACGGAUCACAAGCAUGUCCGGGAAGAUUCUUUGCGUCGUAUAUGCAGAAAAUACUUCUCUGCCAUGUGAUCAUGAAGUACGACGUUUUGGUCACUAUACCGGAGGAGGGCGCAUGGUUUCAACGUGGAUCCACACAUGUGGCCCAUCCAGGCCUAAAGGCUCGUGUCAGGCGAAGGAAGGAGGAGAUACAAUUGUGA